AUGAGGCCUUUUGGAUUGUUCUUGAUGUCUUAGAAGAUCAAUAGAGGACAUAUGUAAGGGUUUUAAACUAUAGGUAGUCUCUCAAGGAUGUUUAAAAUUACUUGAUGGAAAACCAAGAAAGAUGGUCAUAAGAAUUGGGUAAUGUCGGUCUUCUAAUAGAAAUAUAAUAGCUACUGAUAGUAGAUAUGAGUCUAAUUGUCUAUAAGGAUUGUUAAAACAGAAAAAAAAAAAUUUAAAUGACCAUAGGAUUUGAGUAAUGUGAUUCUCUUCUGAUAGAAAUACAUGAGCUUCUAGUAGUAAAGAUAAGUCUAUCAAUUUAAAGGGAUUUUAAAAAGAGCAACAGAAUGCAAUUGCCAGGAGAAUAGGGUAAUUUAAGUCUGUUAGAGAAAUAUAGAGGCUUCUGAUAGUUGGGGUCGCUCUGCCUAUAAAGAUGCGAAUAAGGUUUGGUAGAAACCAGGUGAGAUGGCAUCGUAGUUGGGUAAAUUCAAUCUGUUUCUCAUCUGA